AUGGCUUCUAACAAUAGCGGAUCAGGUGUUGUUGGAGAAUUGACCAUAUGUGGAACAGAUCCUGCACAUUAUAAAGGAAGCAUAGAAUGGGUGCCACUAGUUGCCGAGACAUAUUGGACAAUCAGUGUGGGAUCGGUGUAUGUCAGAGGUGCGACGAUAACAAAUGGAACACAGAACGCUAUUGUUGACACAAGCACAUCAUUCAUUAUCGGACCUACUGAUGCUGUACAGAAGGUUACCUUUAGUGGUGCAAAACUGUGCUCUUGCCUACACUUACUCUCUCAUUUCCAGCUUCAAAAUAUGUUUUCCUUAUCGGGAGCCACAAAGGCUGCAGAAGGCAUUUACCAAAUCGAAUGCAGUAAUAUCUCAAAACUGCCAGCAGUCAUAUUCACUCUUGGAGGUCAUGACUUCACUCUUCGAGGUUCCGAUUAUGUCAUCCAGGUACUGUAG